CUUCAUGACGUCCUGGAAGAAUAUAAAGAAGGAGCUGCAAAAUUUAUAGGUAUGCCAGACGCGGUGCUGUACUGCUCCCUUCAUGACCCGGUCUCUCCCUGUCCAUCUGGCUACAACACUAACAAGACAGUGUCCCUGUGGGGAAGCUCAGGGCGCAUGGAAAUGACAGCUUCCAAGUUCAUGGACAUACAGCGGGCCAUCCAGCCAGACUGGUUCCAGUGCAUCUCUGAUGGAGACACCAUUUCUGGGGAAGUUGGUAUAAAAAGGGCCAAGAAGUCUGUGGAUAGGUCGCUUUCCUUCCUGGAUGUAUGCCUUCAGCUGCUAGAAAAAUCACCGGAACUACAAGGAAGUGUAAUGUUUGGGGCAAUUGAAGGUGGAGAGAUCUUGGAAGAGAGGCUCAGAUCAGCCAGGGAGACUGCCAAACGACCUGUGGGUGGCUUUCUGCUAGAUGGCUUCCAGGGAUGUGCCAUGGCCAAGGAGACCAAGUUGAAGCUGAUAGCUUCUGUCACAGCAGAGCUGCCAGAGGAUAAACCAAGAAUCAUCCAUGGUGUAGGCAAACCAGAUGAGGUGCUUGAGUGCAUUGAAAGGGGAGUGGACAUUUUUGAGAGCUUCUUUCCCUUCCAAGUGACAGAGCGGGGCUGUGCCUUGGUUUUCAGUUAUGACUGCCAUCCAGAUCCUGAAGCAGCAGUUUUAAAACAAAAUGGGGCCCAGGACCUGGAGAAGAAUGGUGCUGAAGAAGACCAGGACGAAAUCUCCAAAGCUGACCCAGAAAUGACACCAUUUGAGAUAUUUCUGAAGGACAAAAGAUACCAAGAUGAUUUUGGUCCUUUGCUGGAAGGAUGCACCUGUUACUGUUGUCAGAGGCAUACUCGCGCCUACCUCCAUCACCUCCUCGUGACCAAUGAGCUGUUGGCCGGUGUCCUGCUCAUGAUGCACAACUUCCAGCACUACUUCAGUUUCUUCAGUGCCAUACGGGAUGCCUUAAGAGACAAUAAACUGCAUCAGCUGAAAAAACUUGUCUUCAGGCAGGCGCUUCAAAGCCCAGCAAAUGCGAAGCCAGGCCAGUGA